AAAAAAUUUAAUUAGAUGUGUGAACUGAAAGGAUUUGGCGUAUGAAAAUCAUAUAUAAAUUUUAUGUUUGUAUAUAAUUACUACUAUUUUACUCACAAAUUGCAUAUGGAAAAUAAAACUAUAUUCGGAGGGAAAUUCCGUUACUACCUCAUUUCGCGCUACAAAUAAAACAGAGUUUAUUUCCCAACCCAACUACGAGCAGAGCCAUAUAGACUCUACAGUUUCAUCAAAUCACAUCUUUGGAUUAUCCUUAAGUAGAUUUGAGCCAAUCAGAUGGCAAAGUAUAAGAAGGUUGAGGUUAUUGGACGCGGAGCCGAUGGUGUUGUUUAUAAAGGUCUUGAUCGCGAGACUAAUCAGACUGUAGCUAUAAAGAAGCUACAUUAUAUACACUGCUACAAUGGUGUCCCAGAUAUAACAAUCCGAGAAAUCUCUCUGCUAGGACAGAUGGACCACAACAACAUAGUCAAGUUGCUGGAUGUAGCAUGCGAUGAUUACAACAAAUGUCAUUUGAUUUUUGAAUAUCUGGACCUUGAUCUGAAGAAAUUCAUGGAGAAUAAUCCGUUGGCAUGUUUGAAUAAACAAAGGAUAAAGAAUUUUUUGCAUCAAAUUCUUUUGGGUGUUGCAUACUGUCAUAAGCGUGGAGUUAUGCACCGAGACUUGAAGCCUGCGAAUUUGCUGCUAGAUCUCAAUGCCUCUGUAGUGAAGAUUGCGGACUUUGGAUUGGCCAGGACUUUUCAGAUUCCUAUUAGGGAAUAUAGUCCCGAGGUAGUAACUCUAUGGUACAGACCACCCGAAAUCCUCCUUGGCUCCCGGGUAUACUCCACGCCUGUCGAUGUGUGGUCCGUAGGCUGUAUAUUUGCUGAGAUGGUUAUGCAUCAGCCUCUGUUUGAUGGUCACUCCAAGAUUAGUCACCUGCAUCAAAUUUUUAGGAUUAUGGGGACACCAGACGAGACAACAUGGCCCGGAGUGACCUCACUACCAAAUUACAGCCUUGACUUUCCCAAGCACAAUCCUGAGAACCUGAAAGAUUAUUUUCCUCAACUCAAACCAGCUGCACUUGAUCUUCUUUCUGAAAUGCUCUGCAUGGAUCCAUCUAGAAGAAUUUCAGCUCCUUGUGCGCUUGAGCAUGCAUACUUCAAGGAAGAAGAAGAAGAAGACGAGGAUGAUGAUGAUGAUGACGAUGAUGAUGAUUUUUGAUUCCAUGACCAUAACUUUUCUCUGCUGUUUUGUUAUGUUUACGGACUAUCUCUGGGUGAUCUUUCUUUCAUUCAUUGUAAAUUUUCUCCCAACUCGAAAGCUUUUGUUGCAACCAAUUUUGUGCUAGGAACCAGAUUUUAUGCAAUUAGAUUGUAAUUAGGUUUUAUAAACUCAGAUCUCAAUCUAACUCAACUCAAAAAAUUUGUCUAC